AUGAAAAUGUUUCUAUCAAUUUUAUGUACGAUUUCAACAUUUUCAUUACUGAUUACUGCGAAUAACGUUGGCGAUCAUCUACGGAAAGAAAGUGCAACAAUUGCCUCUUCAUCGAGUUUAGGUGAAUAUUCUGGUUGGUACAUUUGCGAUGGAAGAAAUGGCACUCCAGAUUUGCGAGGUCGAUUUUUAGUUGGACGCGAUGCUUUAAAUAGUGGUUCUUCUUAUUCGCAAAUUGCGCAAACAUCAGCUGCAGGUGCCCAUGCUCACUACUAUCAUGAUAUCACUUAUGCAGAUGGAUGUGAUAUAGUUGUUCCAACAUACAGAGGAAUUAGAUCGGGAACACCGAACAAUAAAGCAUGCCAAAUAGGAAGAACGACAGCAGCUGCAGGCCAACACGAUCACUCUAUAUCUGGAUCAACAAGUCGCGUUGGCAGUAGCGCACCUCAAGAAAAUCGUCCACCGUAUUAUGUGGUUGCUUAUAUCAUAUAUAUUGGUGUCUGA